UAUAUAUAGCAUUAGGAUCUCUAUAGAGAAACAUUUAAUAUCAAUUCGUUCGCCUAUCUCACCCAGCUCGCCGUGUUCCGUUCCUCUGUUCCUGUCCAUUUCUGGUUGCCUCGAAGUUUUCUUUCUUGGUGUUUGCUGAUGGGAUCCGACGUAUGAAACGGUUGUUUGUGUGUUCCACGUAAAGAGUGUUUUUGGAAGCUAUGAUUUCCUUCCUUUCCUUCCUCCCUCGAGAUCUCUUCGUCUGUGAAGGUUGAAGCAGAUACACUUGCAGACGCGGAAACGGGAAUCAGAAACCCUCAGUGGCCGUCACUCUCUGAACCGACAGGACGAAGGGAGAGAAAAGAUGCUUACGUGCGUCCCUACUGCGGUACAGGUCGAGGUCUUCGGAUCUGAGCUCACCUCGACUAUGCUCAUCUCAACCUGAACUCCUCGCGUCGACAUGAUCUCUAUCGAACUCGCUCAUCAAGAAAUCUUGUUUUAGAUUCAGGUCAACUUUAUGGCUUUGGUCAUCUUCUCUGGAAAACAUACGUUAAGUCGCCGCAUUUCAUGCUGCAGGAUACAGAGAGCAGAAGUGUUCAUACAACUACACCACAUCUUCGCAGAUGCUCGUAUUGCUGAUUUCAAGUUUAAACAAACGAUACAAUCCAAAUGGAAGGAACCGAUUGGCCACGAGAGGAUGAGGCCUGCGAGGAGAGCCGACCAUCCCGUGUUUUCCUUCCAAUGGCCGAGAUUUUGUGUUUGUGUUGCAUGGCUGUGGUUUGUCCGCACGCUUUGCUGCUCCUUUAAAUGAGAUAGCUCCCUGGAGCAAGCAUGUUUCUCUGCCGCAAUCACCAGAGUUCUGUUCCCUCAGGUUUAACGGUAAUGGCCACCAUCAUCGCCGCCGUGCCAACUCCCACCAUUAUAAGCGCUGCCGUGCCCAAGGGCACUGCUGGACUCUCACCGUCGGUCCUCGGUCUGCCUCGGAUUAGGACGGGAAGUGGAAGGGUGAGGUGCUCGUCGGAGGCGAAGCCAGUCCCCUUCUCCGGCGCAGGAAUGGGUGCGGCGCUCCUCUCCGCAGCAUGCGUCAUGGGGGCGUGGAGCCCGGUGCUGGCCCUGGUGGAUGAGAGGAUGAGCACAGAAGGGACUGGCUUGAGCUUGGGCAUCAGCAACAACCUUCUGACGUGGAUCCUCGUCGGCGUCUUUGCCCUCAUUUGGGCGCUCUACUUCGUCUACACCUCCACUCUCGAGGAGGACGAUGAGUCUGGAAUGAGAGCUGAUAGGGAAUCUUUCGAUCUGGCCGCGAACUGGCGUGGAAGACAAUGGGGGUAUCUACCUAACGUAGAAGGUGAUCGUGGUUCCAUCCCAAAGGUUUCAUAG